AUGGAUAACAUGGAUAAACCACCCGAUUCAGAUCCUAAAACUUCUUCAACUCCCCCGCCUACCAUGAAUAAACAGCCUUCUAAUUUAACUCAAGAUACAACCAAUCCCUAUUAUAUUCAUCCAAGCGAAAAUCCUACCUCAGUCUUGGUUACCCCUGUUCUCACAGGAAACAAUUACCAUUCAUGGAAAAGAUCUUUCACUAUGGCUAUUAUUUCCAAAAAUAAAUAUGGAUUUCUUACCGGUUCUAUCUCCUCUCCUCUACCCGGGGAUCCCCUUUUCUCGGCUUGGGAACAUUGCAACAACUUGGUCUUAUCUUGGUUAUUCCAUUCUUUGUCCCCUUCUAUAACUCAAAGUGUCCUCUAUUUUGACACUGCCUCCUCUGUCUGGACCGAUUUGAAAGAACGAUUUGCUCAGAGCGAUCUUCUCCGAAUUGCUGAGUUGCAAGAAGAAAUCUAUGCACUUAAGCAGGGCACUCUGUCUGUCACCGAGUUCUACACAUCACUAAAGUCUCUUUGGGAGGAACUCGACAGUUCUCGCCCUCUCCCAGUCUGUUCAUGUCCAGCAACAUCUCAUAGAUCACAAGAUUUCAUAAUUCGCUUUCUUAAGGGAUUGGAUGAACGAUUUUCGGUGGUGCGAUCUCAAAUACUUCUCCUAGACCAAUUACCUCCAGCAACCAGAGUUUUUGCAUUGGUCAUCCAACAUGAACGACAGCUACAAGUCACCGCCGGGAUUCUAGACGAUCCACGUUCCAUCACUGCCGCCGUCGAUUCGCGGCACCCCUCACAAGGUCGCGGUCGCGGUCGCAGUGGCUUUUCCUCUGGCAAGGGUCGCGGUAGUUUCCCCUCCAGCGCGGGACGUGGUGGUUCCUCUAAGUUCUGUACGCAUUGCGGUCGUAGUGGCCACACGAUUGAAGUCUGUUAUUCGAAACACGGGUUCCCACCAGGACAUCCACGUCACUCUGGUAGUCCACAUCACUCCGCUGCUGUCGCCGUCACCACUCCUCCUUCAAUCGCCCCUCCAGUUUAUGAUGAGAGGGCAGCCCUAGGUCAUGUUGAAGGGCAUACCCAUCAGCCGAAUCCAAACCCAAUUUUGGACCUCUCACUAGCCCAACAACAAGCUCUCAUAGCACUUCUCAAAAGGACCGAAUCUCCCUCUUCAGAAUAUAGAGAUAAUGGUUCAUCAAAUCAAAAUGGGUUUUUGCCUAAUCCGAAAGAAACUUUCAUUUUCUCAAAGCUUUAA